ACUUGCUACAUAAUAAUUUUAUUUAGUCUUUAAAAGAUAACCGUUUUUAAAAAAAUAACACCAAAAGGAAAGAUGCCAAUAAUAAAUCAACUUUUAUUUUAAUUCGUUGAAAAUUAAUUCAUUUAUGAUUUAUUUUUCUAGUAUAUUAUUAAAAAUAAACCCAUAUUUUACUAAAAAUAAACACUGGCAGAUCGAAAACAAUAGUUUUUGUAAACGAUUUUUUUUUAAAAAAAUAUUUUAAAAAAAUAAAAGUGAAUAAUGGAAGCAAAAGCUAGUGACGGACUAACGGUGGACAAUCCCUUGUUAAAGAGGUAAAAAAAGUAAUCCAAUAUCCAAGUGAAUCUACUGUACGGUGUACUCUGCUGUUUGAAGUUGUAAAUUGUGAAUGUGCGAGAUGGAUAGAAGGAAGAGUGAAAGGGAGCAUUCCAAUUGGUAAGUAGAGAAGAAUCUAGUGGAGUAGAAAACAGUUGAAGAACAAAGUUCGAGAUGGGUAACUGUGGAACUAGGGAAGAAUCUGCGGUGGUGGCUAAUGCUCAAGUUCAUCAUCAGAUUCAGCAUCAGCAUAGUAGCAACAGGUCAGUCUCAGAUCUGGGGGAUCAUCCUUCAGCCACCCCCCGUGUCAUGUUUACAGAAGAAGAUUCUAGAAACAAUGUGGGUCUUUAUACAGAUGUAAUUGCCUUUACUCUCUAUGAGUUGGAAACCAUCACCAAGAGCUUCCGUUCUGACUACAUACUUGGAGAAGGCGGCUUUGGCACCGUCUACAAGGGUUACAUUGAUGAAAAUGUCAGGGUCGGCCUUAAAUCUCUCCCCGUUGCUGUUAAGGUCCUCAACAAAGAAGGUCUUCAGGGUCACCGGGAAUGGCUUACUGAGGUCAAUUUUCUUGGCCAGCUCAGACAUCCUAAUCUUGUCAAGUUGAUUGGUUAUUGCUGUGAAGAUGACCAUCGAUUGCUUGUUUAUGAGUUCAUGUUUCGAGGAAGCCUUGAAAAUCACUUGUUUCGAAAGGCAAUUGUUCCAUUAUCAUGGUCGACGAGGAUGAUGAUUGCCCUUGGAGCAGCAAAAGGACUCGCAUUUCUUCACAAUGCUGAAAGGCCUGUCAUUUACCGCGACUUCAAGACCUCUAAUAUACUUCUUGAUUCUGAUUAUACGGCAAAACUUUCUGAUUUUGGCCUUGCUAAAGCUGGACCACAAGGUGAUGAGACUCAUGUAUCAACGCGUGUUAUGGGAACAUACGGAUAUGCUGCUCCUGAAUAUGUGAUGACUGGUCAUCUCACAGCUAGAAGUGACGUUUACAGCUUUGGAGUUGUACUUCUGGAGCUGUUGACAGGAAGAAGAUCGGUCGACAAGACCAGACCAAGUAAGGAGCAGAACUUGGUGGAUUGGGCCCGACCAAAACUCAAUGACAAGAGAAAACUUCUACAAAUAAUUGACCCUAGAUUGGAGAAUCAAUAUUCGAUACGAGCAGCACAAAAAGCUUGCAGUUUGGCAUACUAUUGUCUGAGCCAAAACCCUAAGGCAAGACCCUUGAUGAGUGAUGUGGUUGAGACUCUGGAACCUUUGCAGAGUAGUGGUGAUGCUGUCAGGGAAAUAUCAUCUGUACCAGUGACCUUCAGAAGUAAACGUGCUGCUCAAUUUCCUAUGAGGGGAAUGCCAGAGUACCCUUGUCGCUCCGCCAACCCAAACUGUUCUCCCAGUGGUCCUGCACCUUGCCGAGUGAGAUGACUAGUAUCUGUUUGUACACUGCCCCUAGUGCCUUCAUUACAUGCAACUUUUUAUAGCAAGUUAAUCUUGACUGAACAAUUUCCCGCUUACUGUCAUGUAAAUUGUUUCGUUUUGCUUCCAAUCUACUUUAUUAUGCAGAUUCUCAUUGCUUUA